UUAAAUUUUAAAUUAAGUCUAUGAAAGAGAUUUAUUAACUUUGAGUGUGAAAUGAACAAGUUUUUGUUGGUUUUAUUAAUAAAAUAUUAUAUAUUUAAAAAACAACUAUAUUUUAAUAAUUUAUUAAAAAAUCAUAGCUUUGCCAUUUGUCGCUUGUAUCGAAAACGAGAAUGAAAAUGGCUUCUCUCUGCGCUGCUUCUGCUCGACCUUCCCAAUUGAUUCAACGGUUUCAUCGUCCAACUGCAAGAGCUGAAAUCCCCUCCAUCACCACCGUCCUCAAACUCACUCAACCCCCUUUCAAUUCCAGGUGCUUAUUCUCCACUUCAAUCAGGUUCCAGAAUGCUAUAACUUUGCAAGUAAAGAGGAGAUUAUUUGCUGCAUUUGCAUCAAAAUCUAAUCCUUCUAGUGGCGAUUCCAUUCAAGAUAAAUCAGAUGGGAACAAAAGUAAUGCUGCCCAAGGCCCUCCAUUCCUUACUAUUCUGGCAGGAUUCCUUGUUUUGUUCAUCAUAUUCUGGGUGUUUGGAUCUAUUAUAAUGUGGUUGUUUGGACUAAUUGUUAAGGCGCCUCCUUCAAGUUAGGCUGCUGUAUUUGUUUUGCUCAACGUUGAAAUGGUAGUUUAUGUGCUUAGAUGGACACAA